ACGUGCAGAGUCAGCGGCGGCAUCGACCCGCAGCGUUACUUCAGCUUAUUACAUUCACAUCACUUUCUUACAUUCAUUCGUGCUGCUUCGAAUUGUCUCUAUGGUCUAAAUGAGAACAGCUCCGCCCCUCGCGUUAAACGGAAAGAACCAGGAACUUGUGACGUGACGUCUGUACGAGAGCGGCUGGUGGGGGCUGACAGACAGUGAAGAAAAGAAAUGGCGAUGCUCGGAGGAUUUAGCUCUGCACAGCACAAGAAAAAUGCCUCCGACGGGACCGGCGACGUGUCCGAAUUCCUCUGCCCCGUGUGUCUGGAAAUCUUCGACAGCCCCGUAAGAACACAAUGUGGCCAUACGUUCUGCCAUAGCUGUCUGCAGGAGUGUUUGCGCCCUCAGAAGCCUGUGUGUGCAGUGUGCAGGGCUGCUCUGGGACACUGCACUAAAGCUGUUGAGGUGGAGGCCAUGAUCCAAGCAACUGCAGCAGCGUGUAAAGGGUGUGGAACACAGGUCGGCCUGUCCCAGAUGAGAGCCCACACAGCUAGUUGUUCUAAAUUCCAGGAGUACAUCGAGGAAGGGGUGAGGACCACUGCCCAGACCCAACCUGCCAUCAUCAGUCCUGUACCAAACCGCUACACCUUUACCUGCCCUUACUGCAACUGCCCUAACCUGGAUCAGGAUGGUCUGGUGGAGCACUGUACCUCUCAGCAUUCUCGGGAUAGUCGCCAAGUGGUGUGUCCUAUCUGUGCCUCUAUGCCCUGGGGAGACCCUAACUACAGAAGCGCUGACUUUCUGCAACACCUGAAGAUUAGACAUACCUUUUCUUAUGAUACCUUUGUUGAUUACUCCACAGAUGAGCACACAAUGAUUCAGGAGGCUCUACAGCGCUCUCUGCUGGACCACUGAAGAAUGGCAGUGGGCCAGAUGGAAUAAAGCCAGUGAUGCUGAUGUCUUGUGAGGACAGUGCUGUAUCAUGAAGGUGGUGAUAUACUUUACAAUGGGAAACAGCUUCACAGAGCUCACCGUUAGGUUUCCACAUAAUCCUAUAUAAAUGCCAGAAUCUGUGGGUUUAGGCCUACACUCUACUGAUUUAUGAUGCUGUGCUUCUGGUAUAAUAAGUUUUCUCCAGUCUGGUCUGUUGACCUGUUAAAUCUUUCCUAUGUACAUUAAUGACAUAUUGUCAUAUAGCCAACACUUCAGUGCAAUCAGAUAUCCCCGUUGUCAAUACUUGAUGUUAUAAAAAGGGUGUGACCACUAGGUGGCUUCCAAUUGCCAGCAAAUGACAAACUUUACUCAGUAAAGGUGUCAAGUAAACUUAAAAUUCUAUAGUGUACAUUGAAAUAUUCCAGGGCCCACUGCACAGUAUGAAGGCAGUUAAAAACAGUCAUGAAGAAGAUAUGACUAACUGCGCAGUACAGGGCUCUGUACGAAUAUUAUUUUUACUUGUUUUUUGUGUUAUUUCAUGUGUUUUGAAGAUGUGCUUUCCACACAUUCAGAGAUCUACUGGAAAGAAUAAAUAAUAUGAGGGUUGAACCAAAGCCAGACAAGGCUGUUUGAUUAUUGUAACUCCCUUAUGUCUUUGUGCCUGCUGGUAGAUCUUACUUUUGACUUCCAAAUUUCAUAGGGCUAACAGUUCAUCCCGUGAACCAAGAGAGGCGCCUCAAUAUUGGGCUUUGGCGUGUAGUGGCCAUAAGAGGGCGACAGUGCUCCAUGUAACAGCUUCUAUCUGUAGCCAUAAUUAAAUAUCCAUUAUCACUCUGUAUUUUGGCCACGUUUGUGUUAUGUUAAAACUGCCUCUGAAACAUCACUCUUUUUUUUUCUCUGGUUUAAAAAGUGAUACAGUUGUUUUGUCUGAUUCAGAAACACCUCAAAGAGAUCCUCACUAAUUUAAAACCUUCCAAAAUUUUGGCAUGUAAACUGAUGGGUUUAUAACUACUACUUUUCAUACAAACUUUUAUGUGUAUUGUAAUGACUUCAAGUUAAAGUUCAAUUUCAAUACAGCUCUUGGUUUAAAACAGCUGCACUUUAAAUCAUUUCUUGUAAUAUAAAUAACAUACUGGCUCAAAUGUAUUAGAAUACAUAUAUAUACACUAAUUUGGCAUUUAUUUAGUCUGUUCAAAUUCAAUUGGGACCUGUAAAACGUUUGAAUUUUUUUCCUAAAAUGCAUUUAAACUGAACAGUUAAAUAAUAAACUAACAAAUAUCUUCCCACAGUCUUUUUAUUUUUUUUGUGAUACACUUGUAUGGAAUGAUCAUAUGCGAUACACAUCACAUACCUGUUUUUGUUUUACUGUCUAAAAAUAAAUCAUAAUAUGGCAGAA